AUGAACGAGUUGGGUGAGGAGGGGGGCGAGGGCACGUGGCGGCAGCAGUUCUGUGACCAGCACCCACUCACCGCCGCCACCACUGCCAUGCUCAACAUCCAUGGCUCAGAAGAACAACAACCUGUUACCCUUUAUGAGUACUAUAAGAUUGACGGACCCGCGCACUACGAGUACUACAGAGAUGAUGGGUCUGGGGUUGGGAGCCCGGUAGUGGGCGGCGCGCUGGACUGCAAGAUGACAAACGGGGUGUCUGAGGGCGUGUCGGGGGCGGCGCCCGUGGAGGGGCUCCUGUUUGCGGGCGGCGCAGAGGGCGUUAAGCCGGAGCCAGAGGACCUGACGCGCCGAACCGUCAGUCCCGCCGACCGCGGCGUACUGUGCGAAAAGCGACGACCGCUCCUGCCCCCGCCACCACCCCAGGGAGAAUCGCCGCCCGCUUUGGACGUCGCACCCGCUCUCAAGGACGAUCUCGACCACCACGUGAUCAAAGAAGAGCUGGAGCACCACGCUCUCAAAAUAGAGUCGGGGGACCGUCCUCGCUCUAACCACACACUAGUGAUACAGGCGCCUCUCGACUCGGCCGAGAAGAUGAGCGCCGGUACGGGCAGCUACCUGGCGGGGUUCUCGGCUUCCUCCCCACAGUCCAGCUACGAGCAUUACCUCUCACCCUCACCACAGUCUUAUUCCACGAGCACAUCCCCGGCUGUGCGCGGCUCCCCGGCUGUGUACGCUGUGACUGAUAAUUACUACCGUGAUUACUAUUCGUCUAGCGAGCCGCAGUACUCAGUGAGGCAGGAGUACCCCUCGACAGACACCGGCUUCGUGGACCGCUACCUGAGGCCGCCGUACAAGACGAACGGCGUCUCCAGUACCCUCACUGUGGACUUACCUUCACCCGCUGACUCAGGCAUCUCAGCCGACGCCAUCACACCACGCGACCAGCCCGUCCUUGCUCAGAUGGUUUGCCUCUCGCCAAGAACGUCAGCUUGUACCUUUGGCUAUGAAGAGAUCGUCCAGCCUGUGUCUCUGAUCGGCACCGACCUCAGGGCACCAGCAGGCACCUCACCUAACUCCCAGAGACCCACCCGACCCUGGCAUGACUUCACCAGGCACUCGGAGGGAGACAAGAUCCAGAUUCCCAAGAUACAUACAGAAGACGACAAGAUACACAUUCCCAAGAUAGUCAAUCAGUAUGGCUUCAAGUACCACCUCGAGACCCCUAUAUCAACCUCACAGCGACGAGAGGACGACCGGAUUACCUACAUCAACAAAGGCCAGUUCUACGGCAUCACCAUGGAGUAUAUCCCUGACCCUGAGAAGCCCCUCAAGUCAGGCACAGUUAAGAGUGUUGUGAUGUUGGUAUUCCGGGAGGAGAAGACACCAGAGGAUGAGAUUAAGGCCUGGCAAUUCUGGCACAGUCGACAGCAUUCAGUCAAGCAGCGUAUCCUAGACGUCGACACUAAGAACAGCGUUGGUCUUGUCGGCUGCAUAGAGGAGAUCGCUCACAAUGCCAUCGUUGUUUACUGGAACCCCCUUGAAGCAGGCGCGAAGAUCAACGUGGCCAUCCAGUGUUUAAGUACAGACUUCAGUAGCCAGAAAGGAGUUAAGGGUCCGCCGCUGCACAUUCAGGUGGACACGUAUGAGGUGUUCUCCCCCCUUCCACACCACCACCCUUCACCCCGCUCCAAGCCACUUGGUCUGCAUACUCAGGGUUUGCCUCUACACAUCCAGGUGGACACAUACGAAGACCCCAGAGACUCAGCGACGUUGGUCCAUCGCGGCUAUUGCCAGAUUAAGGUCUUCUGUGACAAGGGAGCAGAGAGGAAGACAAGAGACGAGGAAAGACGCGCAGCUAAGAGAAGAAUGGCAGCCACCACACGCAAGAAGUACGAGGACCUAUAUCAUCCUCCCUGUGACCGCUCUGAAUUCUACUCCAUGCUCGAUAUUGCCAAGCCGCCCGUCCUGUUCACUCCUGCUGAAGACUUGGAUAAGAUGCCAAUGGAACUACAAGGGUUUUACAAUCACGACUCUGAGAAUGGUGGCUGCAGCGUUGGCGUGGCGGGGGCUGUAGGAGUGGAAUGCUCGUCCCCCUCCAACCUCUCCCCUCAGCACGGCUUCCCCACCACCCCAGGACGCUGCAUGUCCCCUCCGCACAGCCUCGACCCCCCACCACCACCUCCACCUCUCCCCCCGCCUCCUCCACCUUCCUCCAACAUCCUCUCCACCACAACAACUAUCACCCAGUUAGCACCUCUACAGGUCCCCCCGCCCACCGCCGUCUCGCCAAAAGCCAACAGCAGUAGCUACAAGUUCCACUACAGCUUCCCACAACCCUAUGGGGACGCCCCCAGAAAGGAGCUGUCGUGUGGAGGACUCCCCAACGGGUCUAUGGACAGUCCCAUGACCGACGUGUUCUCCCAUGUGUCGAAGCGGUCCCGUCUCACGCCGCCCCUCACCGAGCGUCUCAUGCUGUACGUCAGACAGGACGGUGAAGACGUGUACACCCCGCUCCACCUCGUCCCCCCCAGCACCGUGGGCCUCCGCUCAGCGAUUGAGGAAAAGUACAAAAUUCCAACACAAACGAUCAAAAACAUAUACAGGAAAAACAAAGUCGGCGUGAUGGCAAAGGUGGACGACGAGAUGUUGCGCCACUACUGUAACGAAGACCUCUUCCUGAUGGAGGUGCAGCACAGGGACGCCGAAAGCUACGACCUGACGCUCAUAGAGCUCACGGGAGCCGAGCACUGAGCACCCGCUCCCUCCACCAACUUUUAGCCUGGAAGCUGGAAGAAAAACAAAAACAGGUCAUCACGAGUCGCGAGAAACAUUCUCAUUCGAGGCGAAGCCGUCAGAUGGGACAGUUGUGCCGGCCCGUCGCCCGGAGAGUCUCAAGUCUUCACGAUUAGUUUGUGUUCCCCGGUGAUGCUCUCCCCAAACAUCUGCCCAAAAGAUUAGUAGUUUAGUCUAUCAUAAAAGCUCCGCUGAAGGCGACGUCACCCGGUGAGACCAGUGCCUUACAGAUAUAAACAAAAGAAUCUACCAAGACGAAACGUUCUUAGCAGAGCAGAACUCACGCGUGCAGCUUCACCCAGUGAUGGCUCUGGUCCAUGGUGCCAACACAAGGCAGGAGCAAACACAGCGACAAUAGGUCUCUGGUGGUAUUCAUAAAUCAUAAAAGGAGACUCAUGAAUUAACAUGCGACUGGAAUUUCAGUAGGUGAAGCUUGAUACGACAGUUUUCGUGUUCUUGCUGUGAUCAUAAACUCUUGGUAGAGAUUCGGCUGCUGUAUCUUAACUCUAAGGCCUUAAGAUGAGCUGUGAAAAUACUGUACAAAAAUUUUCAACAUGUUGUCACAGGUUGUUGUAAGCACUAAGAUAAGAGUAAAUGUCCCGCCACGACCACGGUGCCCAAUGUAGGUGAUGAGUCAGUCACUCGCUAGGCUGCUGAGUGGUCGUGUGUACGUUAGCCUUAAUGAAAUCAAAUGUAUUCUAAUCGAUGAGUAAGACAUAGCUAUAAUGCAGUUUACAGGGUAUCUAAUGCCUAAUUCAGUUAAGAAUAAAUGUUUAUUCAUACAUUGAGAUUAUCUUCACAAAGAUAUAUACACUUUUACACUCUUCUUUGUGUGUUUAUAUUUUCGGUAAUUCACUCAAAAUGUUUUUUCCUAUGUUACGAAUUAAUGACCCAAGUAUUGAGUGACAAUGAAGGAGUUUAACAGUUGAUCUCUGAUGACUGAGGGUCACGCUAAACACUUUAUGGAAUCAGAUCAAAUCUGUGUUUUCUUGCUGUUGUUGUUGUUGCUUUAUGGCAAUAACGCCACCCGUUAUUGUGUGACGUCAAUGCUGAGCCAAUCAUCUUGCCAACAUACCUGUUUUAUAUUGAUGAACGUGUCUUCCACGACAGUGCCAUAUAACAAGGACGAUGAUCGCCCUCAUCAUCGUUUCUGACACGAAUUAGGAGUACUCAGUGGAUUCUGUCCCAGGACUCAAAACUGCGCUCUUGUUCUUUGUCACAAGAGUUGGGUGGUGUGUGAGCGGCCCCCUGGUCGCUCGACACACGGAGCUCUCCACCUCCACCCCUCUCACAAGCCAAAUUUUUCUUCUGAAUUUUCCCGUGCCUUAUAUUUUCUUUAACUAGUUUGUAUUUUUGUUGAUAUUUCUAUUUAAUCGACGUGAAGAAGUCAAAGAAUCACUCCCGAGGACUAAGGAUUUGCUGGAAGUAGUUUUUUAUCAGUAAUUGGAAUUUUAAUAUAUACAGUAUAAACAGUUUUAGAAGACAGGAAUGCAAUCAGUUUUCGGUCUUAUUAGUUAAUGAGUCAACCUUGUACAGGUACUUGUCUGCAGGUCGUCUCAGAUCAUCACUCCCAAUGUUUGUCAGCAACCUUAGACUCAUCUCUGCCUUCCAAAUGUUUAUCUUUUUAAACCUUUUUUUAGUCUUUUCGAUUCAGAUAUUUCCGUUAGGUUUAUGCAGAGGUUAUCAUUAUGUGUUUCCAAAUAUGCAUGUAAGAGAAAUUAUGCAAAGCUGAAAGCUAAUUUAUAUACUAUAUCUUAAAGAGACCUUGUGUGUUUACAUAAUAAAAGACCGUAGUUUUAGUAAAUAAAUAAAGCUAGGUUUAGCUGAAUAUUUGCUUCGUCUUAUUCCGGCAUUCCACUUUACUAAUUCUAUAGAUUAGCUUAAUGAGUUAGGUUUUAUCAUUGAUGACGUGGCCACCCUGAGGUUUUUGUACAAGAACCCGCCGUUGAAAUCAAUUCUGCAAGUUUUUUUUUAAUUUCCAUUAAUAUUAAUGAUUGACUGAACUGUAUGAUAUACAAAAUAGGCUUAAUAAUAUGUAAAUACGAAUAUUGCUUUAAUUAUUUGUGGUUUUAGCAUAAUAUAUAUCAUUAGCUUAUAAGUUUGUGUGUAAGUAUGAAAGUGAGAAGCGGUGAUAUACUUGUUGAAGAUCUUUGUUACUAUAGUUUUGUAAGAGAAUGACUAUAUUAGUGUAUAUACAAUAAGCUGUGUGGGUUCAGUGCCCGCCCAUGCCAGAAUCUGCUUGACGCUUCCCGGUAUACUUGGGCUCAACCAGACAUCACCGAGUUGUGUGUGUGUAACUCCCUCUGAAGGAUCUGUUUUCUUUGUUGCUAAAAAAAAAAGAUAAAUAAUGUUGGGGAUAAUCGAUGUGAUCAGAGUAGGAAUGAUACUGCUGUUGUGGCAUUGUAGAUCAUAACUGAGUUGGAUUUAUUAUAUAUCUGGAGGAGAAUUGGAUUCCAUUAGCUAUUACUGAUGUAGUGACAAAGGUGAUGGUUGGCCAAAGUCUUGUCAAUAUUUUGUAAGUGACCUUUUUAUCAGCUCUCUGUUGUAGUUUGCACUGGUUAUACCUUUUUCCCAAUGCUUUCUUCAAUUUUUUUUUAUGUAUUGAGUAGUUACUUUAAAGUCUUGUUUAUAUCAUUAUAUUUAUAUGUAGUGUGGAAUUUAGAUAUUCUCUCUAAGGAAGUAGACUGAUAUUCAAUUCUAAUCAAGAAGUGCAGUGCAUUGUAACUUUUUUUUUCUCUGUGUUUUUCUAUAUUCAAGUUCACCCGACACAAAACUACGCAAAUCAUUUACUUAUGUAAAAACAAUUUUACUCAGAACAUGAAGCAAUAUUCACGGAGCAUGAAAAUAACUUCUCUGCCAACCACAGAGGAGACUUCUCUUGUCUUUCAUCUAUACAGGUUGUGUUAUCUCUGAGCUUCUCGUAAAUAUCUCAAAGGUAUAGAGACACGGACAAAACACUGCACUGCCAGCGACCGUCGUCUCACGUUGCUCGUUCUUUCUGUAAUGUCUAGCUGUUGUGCUCAAGUGGUGUUCAUCCAGUCUUCUGCUCAAAUUGGAAGACACCUAAAAUUUGGCUUUCAUAACGUGAAGUGAGAUUAUAUUUUUUUUUGUUCUUCUGUGACUGUUGUAAGUGAUAUGCUGUCUACUUUCCAGUGAACCUUUGUAUCAAAUGAGAUACAGUAUUUAUUACUUCAAGCAAAUUAAAUUUUCCUUAGAAACGUAAAUAGUGUUUAUUAAGAUUCUUCAUACUCUUACCAGACGCGUUUAAGAGACGAGUGACCGUCAGUGAUAAGAUUUCUUAAUUGUCAUGAUAAAUGAAACAUGACCGAUUAUUAUUCUUAGUUAUCAUAAUCCAAUCGUUUCUCCACGUAACACAUUCAUGUCACAGAACAAUUAACUUCUAUUAACGAUACCUGCAAGUAUAUGCACUGAGGAAAUUAGAAGGCACAUAAUGAUAUAACAAAUAAUUAUAGUUAGUUUAUUUCAGCACAUCAUGAUCCAGUCAAAAAUAUAUGGCUGUUAAACUACUGUAAUUCAUUAUUAUGAAAAUCGUUUUAAACCAAAAAUAUUACUUGUGAUUUAUCCCGCGGCUAGAACAUAAGGUCGGAGAACUAUCCUGAAUUCACUGAUAUUGAACAUAUUUUAUAAGCGAAUAUGCCGAUAGUUUUACUUGUUUCUCUCUCUCCCAUUGCCGGCUUCUUGUGUUUGUUUUGCACGUCAACCCUUCCCACUCUCAGCCUCUUAAGGGGUUAGGUAGCAGCAGUCCCAGGCUGACGUAGGUCUUUCUCGUCCCACGAUGGCAGAAAGCUUCAACAAGUCCUCUGACCCAGGCUCCUUGAAACGCCCCACCACCAGGUUAAAGCCUAACUGUCUAUCAGUCCAUCCUAAGGAGGCAGAAUUAAAACAGCUGCGCCCGAGUAUUUGAGGAGCUCUUGGUGUCUUCUGGUUCUUGAUUCUGGUAAAUACCGAAAGAAUUCGGUUGCACUGGCUAACCCGAUCAAUUAUCAUAGGAGUGUGGAGUAGUAAUUAAACUUUUUUCUUUUUGCUUAUAGAAACUAAUUUAAAUCGUGUACAGUAGACGAAACCAUUUUAUACUUCAUUCAUCAUUGAUUAUUUCUUAGACAAGUCCUUCAUGACAAUUUCCAUGUACCGCUAAGGCCGUAUGUAGUAGGUGUAAAAUUAUCAGGAUAUAUAAGGGGUCCCUUAACAAGCUAUCGGCUUCCUUCCCCCUCGACAAGGUCACUACUAGAUGGUGACUGCCUGGUAGACAAGGUAAACAGGUUUUGUCAAGAACGGGUGACCACUCAACCGGAUUUUUCUGCUUCCUCUGCACAACACACUACUACUACUAUUACUACUACUAAUAAUAAUAAAUAACAUAGUGCCAAUUUAUAUUAUAUAGAUAUAUAUACAUUUACCGGGUCUGUGUUCACGUUAACCAAAUUAGGUAUAUAUUGUCUAGGAGUUCCGUAUAUCCUUCCUGACCUCGUGUACCUCUUCUGGUAUAAGGAAUAUAUACCGUGUUAGUACAAUGGGGCUCGUCACCAGAGGCUACCAGAAACUGAGGAGGGUGUGAGUACAUUACCGCCGCCUUACCUAUACUGCACCUCGAAAUCGAAAUCAAAGUCAGAAUUAACAAAAAUUUCCAAACUGCCAAGAAAAAAAAAACGUUAGAUUAUUUCGUAGUUAGAUUCAAAUUUGUGAUCACAAAUAUGUUAAAAAUAAUAGAAUUAUAUUUGAUUAUUUCGUUGUGAUGAUUAAAAAGUAAUAUUUUGCGUUAAUGUUAUCACUACCUAUACUGAAUAAUUUUAAGUUUUUCAAUGUACUGUUGUUAAAGUGCUACCCGCAUAUGUUUGUAUGUCCCAUUAGUAUAAUACUCCUGUACAGAAAACAUAAGUUACGAGAGUACAAUGCAAUUAAUCAUGGAAGAGGUGUAAGAUAUACUUAAAAUGCUCUCUCAGAUCCAUGUUAUCUCAAGUCUCAGUAUCUAAUCCAAAACUACUCACAAAUAUUCAAUAAAUAACAAAUAUAAUGAUGCUGUAGACAACAUUACCUGUACGCAGUGGUAAAUUUUAUUUCUGCAUUAAAUGAUCUCACUGUGUGGCUCCCUCUCCCUCAGUGAGCUGGUGGUCGCGAAGCUUAACUCUCUGAGCGGCCUCGCACUGGCCAACAGCCCUCCUUCUCAGCCCGGUUGUGAGUCUCAAUGUUAGCCUACGAGUGUUGCGAAGGAUUCGGUAACUAAUAGUUUAGGACUUUAUUUAUUGUCUUGCGUGAGGUCAGCCCAUGUUUCACUUGUCAGGUCAGUUUUGUCCGCCUCUGAGCGGAAAUUUAAAAAAAAAAGGAAGAAACUAGAAGACAGAUAAUAGGAAACAGUUUAAAGGGAAGUAGAGAAAAAAUUAUUUAAGAUCUGGAAGACAAAAUUGAGUAGUUAAGAGGGUCAGUACUAUUUUGUUUUUAUACUGCAAUCCAGUGUUCAGUUUACUCCCAAUUGAUAUUGAAAAAAGGAUCUCAUUUUGCUCCUUAACAUUCCAUAUUGUGUGUAGAAUUACGUAUUGUUAUAUGAUUGUCAUAUUUUUGUAUCGAUUUUCUGAUAUAAUCAGUAAAUCUGUGUCCGUUAAAACUGACUCAGCCCAGCUUAUUCCCCCCAAAAGAAUAAGCAAGUGUUUCAUGUUUGAGGACUCCGGGUGGUCAUAUUCUGAACCAAAAACUUGGGUGACUGCCCAGAGAGGCUGUCAGUCCAAGGAUCAUCACACAAGUUUUACAGAACGUGACCAUCCUAUUGUGUGUUCACCCUCAAAUGUGCUUAGUUCUUUAAUACAGUAUAUCAGGCAGGACUCAAGAACACUAUUGUUGGUUAACACCCCAACCACAACACUCUCCACAUACUGAAAAACAAAAGUUGUGUGUACUGAGGCUGUGGUUGGGGCGUCACCCAACAAAAGCAAGGUUUUAAUAUUAUGGCCGAAGAGCUCACUAUGGGUGGUGGGCCUAACCAUGAUGGUCUACCUUAGAGCGAUGUGCUGAGAGCUUGUGUUUGUCACGUGUAAGGCGCAGUGUUGUACAGAAAUAUGAAUAAAAAAUGUGGCAUAAAA